AUGUCUGCCCUCAUUCACUAUUGUCAUUCUGACAGCUUAUCUUCGAACGAAUCAUUUUAUUCUCUUGAAUCCGCAUUCGAUGAACCAUCCCCCCUUACAAAACCUCGCACUACCAACUUUGGAACCUCUCCUCGCUUCUACAACUCAGUAUCCCGUAACUCAUCUCGAGUGUUUGGUGCUUCUCCAUUCACAAUGAACCACCACAACAAGUCCACCACCAGUGUUGCAACUUCCAUCUUUGAACGUGAUGUCGAAAGUCCUAGCAGUAGUAUCUAUACUAUGAGUAAUGCUUCUCUCAAUUCUAUCCCAAUGCAUCAUAAACAAGAUGACCUUGUUGCUCCAGCGUUGAAUGCCAGUGUCGAAGCCUUAAGCUGUGACAAAUCAGGGUUUAAGAAUAUUGAUGUCAUUUCUUCUUCCAAUACCAGAACUGCGGAUUUGCUCGCCAACUGUUUUGCUAAAAACCCAAUAACCAGAGCCAAUUCAAUGUUUACCAACUCUCCUAGAAGAAAUUUUACCUCGUCGCCUCACAGGAUACACUCGGUUUCCAGUAAACGUACCAACGUUUCCGUCGAAGAUUUGGUUCGUGAUCGCAAGAAUUCGGUGGUGUCUUUUUGCUCUUAUAAUGAUUAUUUGGAAUCGGAAUCAAAAGAAGCUGGGCAACCAAUUGAAUCGAAUAAUUUGUUUUCCAUCGAUCUUGAUUUAUCCCCUAGAAACGCCUCGAUUUCCAAGAUCUUGUGUAAAAACUCCUCCACCGCUAAUAUCUCUUGUGCUGGGCUUGCUGCACCGCCAUCGGUGGUGGGGAAAAGAUCUACUGCCUCGGUUAAGACUUCUUCAUCGCCAUUGUAUAAAAAUUCCAAUACUUCCAAUAUUUCGAUGCUCGAAGAACUCAAGUUCAAAUCGUUGAUGACCCGCAAAAUGUCCAAUCUUGACAAUACUCUUGCGUUUUCUUAUUCCGAAGAAAAAGAAUUCGACGUCUCUCCAAAGAUGACAAUGACACCAACUGCGUCUCCCGUGGCUCUUAGCAAAGCUUACGAACCAAGCAGUGCCGUUUCUUCGCCAUUAGAAGAUGACGAAUUGGAGUUCAAUGCUCACGAUGAGUUUGAAGAAUUCGAAACCGUGUUAGAAUCAGCGUUUUCUUAUAAGACAGUGAACCAACAGCCAUUGCUGAGCUUGAAUGUUUGUUCUUUAGAUGAUACUAUCAGGGAAACUCAAAAGGAGUUAUCCUUCAGACACUAA